UUCUGCCGAACGUCCAGAGCAUUUUGUCCAGUCAUGUCUAGUCUAGUACAUUCCUAGCUGUCUUUAGGAAUGCCACAGUAACUAUCGAUAUUUUCGAGAAUGGGCUACCUGGGGUUACUGAUUCUGCGCUCUACUUUAAUCCCAUUGUAAGCGAAAAGCGAUGGUUCACGAUUAUGAUCUAAAAUCUGUGGCAGGAAUUUCCAUUCAAAAGUAAACUAGCAAGUAUUUUAAACAAUAUCAGCUAUUUUUAUGAAAAAAGUAUGCUGUUAACAUUUCUUUACAUAAUAGCCACUAUCAUGCAAGCACGAAGGAUAUCAUUUCUGAAAGCACAUUUAAAUACCAUCUUUAAGGAAAGCAAGAAUCAUCCUUCUAUUGCACUUAAGAUUAAGUCACUUCGACACUUAAAUAAAGAUCGCAACGCAUCACGAUAUGACGAUGAACAUUUUAUGAGUUCUCGCUUGUGUACUAACAAGCAUCUUGCGAAACUUGACGAAUUAGUAUGGUUUCAAGAAAAUGCAAAAUUAUAUACUAUAUAUCCUCAACAAAAAGUUGAUAUAUCCGACUGGCUGAGUUAUCCAAGUGGAAAGUCGUUUCCCCUGUAUGCGAGUAACUGUUGUCAGAUUUCAAGCAAAUCUGACCUCAAGAUGCAUAUUCUUGUCGAAGUUGAUAUGGAAACUUAUAGAUCUCGGGCCUCAACAGUCUCUGCAAAACUUGAGGAUUAUGGUCUAAUCAUGGCAUGGACAACAUCAGAUACGAAUAUGAGCUUUAUUUUAGAAACAGAUAUAGAACAUAUUACGAGCUUAAUAACUGGAAUCAUGCAAGGACAAUAUUGUAUUAAUCAUGGCUUAUGUUUAACACGUGUUCAAUCUGUUUUAGUAUCAGGAAAACCGUAUAUUUAUAAUGAUACUGGACAUCUUGGCCCACCACCAAAUAAAAAUAGUUUUUAUGCAAAGUGCGAAGCAGCUCGAGUAUCUUCCCAGAAAAAUAAGCCUAAAGGAAUUAUAUGUGGUGUGAGUGUACGAUCACAAGAUAAAAAUGUGAAUGCUGAAGCAUUUACGGAAGACUUCUAUGUAACAAGUAAGAAAGAUAUACCAGCAUUAUGCAUAAUUGUCUCUAAAAAUUUUUGUAAGUAUAUACUUUUAAUUUUAUAUCUUUUAGAUGUUAAAUCAUCUAAUUCGGCACCAGCAACAUGUAAUUCGUCACCAACUGAUGAACGUAUAGGAGGAUUAGUAAAAAAUCCAUAUAAUAGAGCAUUACCAAGCGACGUGCUUCUUGCCGCUACUGGAGGAUACAAACCUGAUUUAACUAAAAUUUAUUUACCUGAAAACAUGGAGAAAAAAGACAAUACUAAUGAAGAAGUUGAAAAUAUUGAUCAAAGCAAGUCUACUAAAGAAGCAACUUGCAAAAAUUCUGAAUUGGAAGUAGGGGAAAUUCUCAGUAAGGUGAUUAAACCACCAAAUGUUCUCGUCUGUGCAGAUACUCUAGGUGCGACCGACAAUUUAGAAAAUUUAUUAUCAAAAGUGCUAGAGCGAGAUAGGUAUGACAUCCAUGUAUUUUGCAAAGGGGAUUAUAAUAGUUGCAAAAUUUGGAUAGAUCAGGUUUCUUUAGUAGUUCUUUGUGGUAAUGUUGGUGCAGAGCUCGGUGCUCAGCUUGUAGAAUACAUUAUACAAGGAGGCAAACUCUUAGCGUUAUGCUCUGACAUGUUACAUAUUUUGCUACCAUCGUUUAAGACUGCCGAAGUACGUGAGAAUGAACUCGUACACUUUUCAUAUGGUAAAUGGAAACAAGUGCGUAUGAUGCAUCACAUUUUUUGCUAUCAUGCAUCCCCCGUACGUACUCGUUUUUCUCAAGAUCACGAAGAUACAAGGACGUCCGCAUUGAAUACUCCAACGUCAACUAGUGUUAAGGACAAAAAGGGAAAUUUACAUUCGUUUGAUGUAAAAGUAUUAGGCAGAGAAGAAACAUGGCACAGUCCAAGCAUAUUACUCGCAACUUUGCCUAAUAGUGGUGGUAAAGUGGUGUUCUCUCAAAUUCAUUUAGAGAUAGAUCCAAUGAAAUACGUAUAUGAGGGAGAUAAAUUUAACGAGCUAAAAAAAAGUAAUACUGCUCGGUUGGAAAUAAUCAGCGAUCUACUGAGUACACAUUUAGGAUUGGAUGUAAAUCGUGAUUUAAGUCAAGUAUCAGAUAAAAAAUCUAUGCGGUAUACUCCAGGUUACUUUUUAGGCAAAUUUGAGAUGAAGAUGAAGCUGCUUGAAAAACUGAAGAAUAGAAUGGAUAAAAAUAACAUAUUAAAAAUGUCAGACAUAGAAAUUCAAUUUUGCGCAAAUAACGAUGAUGCGCACUCACCAUCUGCUAAGUUUCUCCCUAUUAUGAUGCAUAUGUGCCCGCCUAAUUUCUCGACUGUAGAUUAUUUUGAAAAUCUGUGUACAAAAGAAUUGGGCCGCUUAGUGAUAUACGCCGAUAUUUUGACUUCAUCUAUGCAUGUGAGUAAUGCCCGAUUACAACACGGACUGGCAGUUAUUCCACGGCAACAAAUACACGGACGAGGGCGAUAUAAUAAUAAAUGGCUCAGUCCAAAUGGUUGUGCCAUGUUUACUUUACAAGUACACAUUUCUAUAAUGUCGAGUCUCGGUCGUUAUGUCUCGCUUCUUCAACAUGUUGCUGCUGUAGCACUUGUAUCAGCUGUAAGAUCUAUUAAAGGAUAUGAGGAUAUUAAUCUCAGAAUAAAAUGGCCUAACGACAUAUAUAUAGAUAACUCGAUUAAGAUUGGUGGUAUAAUCGUUUCUACGCGAUCGGAAGAUGUUGGAGCAAAGUACAUUUGCAAUAUUGGUGCUGGUGUAAACCUUUCCAAUAAUAAACCCACAACUUGCAUCAAUGAUGCGAUUCUGCAAUAUAAUCAAAAAUAUGGUACAAAAUUGGAAACGUUGUCUCAUGAAAAGUACUUGGCAUUGAUAUUCAAUGAAAUGGAAACUUUAUUAGAUAUUCUACAGAACGGCAACACAGAACACUUCUAUCAACUCUAUUACAAAUAUUGGUUGCACACGAAUGCAAAUGUGAUGGUAACGAGAAUAAAUGGAAGAAGAGAAAGUGUCACAAUCUUGGGUAUCGAUGAUUAUGGAUAUUUGUUAGUGCAAGGAAAAAAAGGCUUAUUUUCUGUACAAUCAGACGGAAAUAGUUAUGAUCUUUUCAAGGGGCUAAUAGUACCAAAAUAAAGAAUUAUAUGUUCGUUACUUGUUACCGCGAAUUAUAUCUACAUGUUAAAAUGUGAUAAUAAAUACACAUGUAUAUAUAUAUAACGUGCAAUUUUAUAUCUCUAU